UGUCUUACAGCUCAAAUCCCCUUUUUUUCAUAAACCAAUUCCUACGGAGUCAUAAAUAAUAAAUAAAUAAUCAUAAUCAUGGCAGUACGUCUCAGUUAACGGAGAGCAAUCCAUAUUGUCUAUCUUGCUCAUUUUCAAGAAAAUGGGAUUUGGCGGGAAAUUUCGGGGUUUAGUUAAACCCUACCGGCAAAUCAGAAGGUUUCCAUUUGCUUAGAAACCAAAAAGGUUGCAAUUGAUCAACUGUGCUGGAUCGUUCAGCAGGAAACGCAGUUAAAAUUCACAAUAGGAACCCUGAUGUUGGACGUAUCGUCUUCUUUACCAUCAACUGCUUUUCAAAGUGUUUAGCUACGAAAAAGAAAUGGAUGCACUGAGUAUAAUCCGGGAGAAGAAAGACACACUGGAAAUAAUCUUGACAAAUGUUCAUCGAACAUAUGCAAAGAAGUAUGAGAUCAUUGAGCAUAUAGAAAAGGAAUUUAAACUCCAAAUCAUUUUGAUGUCACCGGAUGUUGAUGAUAUAAAGAAGGUUUCACUUUCAGAGGGUGGUGGAAAUGGCGUAACUGUAUAUAUAUUGAAAUCUUUAAGUGUGAAAGAAGUUAAUAAUCUUUGGGCAAAUGCAAUGGCACAAGAAAAAAGUAAAAGGGAAAUAUCAUCGUCAUCGGGGAAAUCAGGAGAUAAAAGAAAGAGAGAAACUGAUGAGGAAAAUGGAAAUGUAGAAAAGAAAAGGAGGAUUGUUUGGACAAAGGAGAUGCAUCAAAAGUUCUUGGACGCCAUUGAUCAAUUAAGGAAUGAUAAAGUUGUUCCAAAGAAGAUAGCUGAACUUAUGAAUGUUCCAGGAUUGACAAGAGAAAACGUGGCUAGUCAUUUGCAGAAGUAUCGAUUGUGCAUGAAACGAGCUCAAGGAAUGUUUACAAGUUCUUCAUAUGAUUUCACUGACCCUUUCAAUCUCAACCCUUCACAAGCAAAUUCUCAAGAAUCCCAUUGGAAUCCUUUUCCUUUUCAAAUAAGAUCAAGAAACACUACUCCAAGCCUAUUCAGUUUGAGCUGUUAUGAAUCAAGAUUAAGGACAUUUCCAAAUAUGCCCCUACUAAGCAAAAUCCAGUUCAAACCCGACCGUAGUUUUAGGGUUUGUGGCAAUGAAAAGCAAAACAUCCUUUUAAGCAUUGAAGACAAUAAUAGGAUAUGCUCGGAUUCAAGUUUUGCUGGUUUUAGAUUAGCUAAUGAUGGAAAGUCUAUUCAGUUUGGGCAAAAUGGUCAUUUUGACGAUGGCAGUGUGAAUAAGAGUUACAUUCAGCAGGAUGAUUUUUGUCCAGAAAUGGGAAAUGACGAUUCCACCCUUGGGCCAGAAAGAGACGACUGGAUGUCUUCCGUGGCCAGUCUUCUAGGUGUUGAUGACAACUUGCCAUCCAUUUUGACUCCGCAGCAACCACCUACACCGUCUCAUCAGAACAAGGUGGUUGCAACCACCAUGACUCAGCCACCACCAUCUGUUGGGCUGCAGUGGAGUGACUGGGCGGAUCCCCCCGGUUAUUCUCCUCAGCAGCCACCACCACCACCAGGAAACGAGGUCAAUGACAACUUUGAGAUUUUUAGUGAUUUCAUCUCAACGGGUCUUUGUGAAUUGGGGAAGGGAAUGGAUGAGAAUGGUGUUGAUGCAACUGGGAUAUGCGGUUUUGAUGACUUACUGUUUAAUAAUCAGGAUUUGACUUGAUUCAAUAGAUAUGUAGCUUGUUUUGACUUUUUUUUUGAGACAAAUAUGUAAAUACUAACUCUAUAUAUUAUAUUGGUGAUUUAUGUACACGUGGUGUAUUUCCCCAGAGUUUUGUUAUCAUUAAGCAACUUGUGUGCAUGUAAUGUUCUUAUAUAAUACUCCACGAAAGAAAUUAAACAUUACUCAUCAGAUUAAUAACGAAAUGAUUUGCUUAUCAACUUAUUUUUGGCUAUGUUCCAAUUUCUGUAGGGAAAUUAAACUAUUGUGCACUCACACUUCUUCACUUAUUUAUGGCCUUAAAUCCUUUUUUGGUGCCCGUAUGAAACUCAAUUACCUAAAAUGUUCCAUGACAUUAAAAUCAUUAAUAGUUUUAUAGGUGACAAUUCUCGAUACGAAAACACAAGUAAAAGAAAACCGGGUUUGAGUUGAGUUUUUCUAAUCCGCCAACCCGUUUAUUAUACGGGUUUGCAAAUAAUUUUGCA